GCGCUCACCUGGCUUAACUGCAUAGUCGUGCACACCCUGGCGGACAGAACUCUGCGCCCCCAAGUAGUCAGUAUUGUGGACCUUUUGACUAGGACUAUAAGAGUGGUGACCAUGGUGUCGAAGGCUAUGGUAUAAAGGUACGCCCCCCAUCUUGACACAGGGCGUCUGAGACUAGUGCACGACGUAUUGCUCUCUCUGGACAUCCAAGUUGUAGUCGUCUACCCCUAUGAUGCAUCGUGGAGACGCCCUGCGGUCCAGCAACGAACACCCCCUCGUGGUUCACAGCCUCAUAAAUGAAGAAUGCAUAUCUGAACACCCUCCGACACUUCAUGCUCUUGGCGUAUCCAUCGUGCUCGCAAAAAUCUAUCCAAUGUAUUGCUUGAACUGCGAAACACACGGGUAUGGGAAACAUGUACACUUGUUAGCCCGUCGCCUGCACCAAGUCCUUCGGAGUACCGGGAGCGUCAUGGACCUCAGAACGUUCAUGCAUAUCUGCGACGUUUUCGAGUAUUUGGGGGACGCGACUAGGAACAUGUAUGUCCAUAGGGCGUGCUCACUGCGAUACAUGACUGGAUGCGAAACCGAGACACAAGACCGAUUUUGUGAAUCACAAUCGUCGAAAAUUUGGCUGGAACUCAGGAAACGAGCGUAUGCUAGAGGUGUACGCCGAGCCGACAAACGUAUACGUCAUACAAGCAUCGAUGCGACCGAUGAUUCGCGCUGCUAUCCUGCACACCCGCUCUUCAACGCGAGCCAGGAUGCACCUUCACGUCACGUUCUCUUUCCUCAGGACCGAUGGAGUAAUCCGAGCUACAUCCCGCUUUACAGCUCUGUCCAAUCGCCAGACACGCCGCCCAAGCAGCGUUCUGUCUCGCCUGUUACAGCACCUCAUGAUCACCUCUUCCCAGACGACGUCGAUUGGGCCAACUAUUACUGGGGAUUUCCGCGUCGUGCUGACGGGCGAAGACCCAUGCUAUACUCCCUGCCUCGACGAAUCACCGAUCGCAUACCCAUCGAACUCAUCGACAUCAUCAUCAGUUUUCUAGGAGACGACAGACGAACUCUGCGGGCAUGUAUGUCCGUGUGUCGACAUUGGUACGGCACCAGCGUUCGCUUCUUCUAUAGCGACAUUUCCCUCUGCAGCCGCCGUCAAUUCGAUCAGUUGGUCCGCAUUUCACGCCAAUUUCCCAGCGUUCGAACGCUCCUUCACCGGACACGAAGUCUGUCUAUCUCGCCCAGCGACAAUGAUCGGAGCUUUUUUCACGCCACGCCUCUCGUCUUGGCCCCAUUCUGUCCCAACGUAGAAAGCCUUACUCUCCAAGGGUGCCCUCGGAGGGAGGCCUACCACAGUUUCAAGUUUGCUCAAUCUCUUCAUCGGUUCAAGCGCGUCACGCACUUGGCAUUGCGGAGCUUUGCUCUUGGUAGCAUCGCCAGUUUGACGCGCAUCAUCUGUGCUCUACCAGCACUAACAGAGCUCGAGCUUGCUCGUGGGAUCUUUGCUGGGCCGUCAGCACAGCGCAACACGGGGAGACCGGCUUUUACGGUCCACUGUCCUGCUUCUGUACCGAAGCUCAAGAGGCUCACAAUCAUAUCCCUCGAGACAAAUUUACUCGAGCGACUUGCAGAUUGGCUGGUUUCCUCGAAUGCUUGCGAAAGCAUCACUUUCUUAUGCGUGGAGCAGGACUUCGCCGUCAAUCUGACGGCUAUUACAGAACUGCUCCAAGCAGUCCGACCAUCCAUAGAGCAGUUACGCCUGAUUGACUCCGGGCCAGGUUAUCCCUGCUGUCUCUUCAUGCUGCACGGCGUCAAUCUGCGUUUCCUGCAGCUUGGCUACAGAGCCUUGAAUGUACAAACCAAUACGGGGACUACGCCAUCAUCUCUAAGACUUGUCGACCAAUUACAUCAAAUUCUGUCUAGUCUCCUCAAUUGUCACCUGGAACGGCUCAGUCUCAUCGUCGACCUGUCCUCGGCAGUGGAAUAUUACGGUCAUAAGACGGACAGGCUCGAUUGGACACCUCAUGACUACCAAAUGCAACGCGAGUUGCUCGCCUUGAUCGGCACACCCUGUUUCAACCGGCUCGCCGACGUCGACGUUCAAUUCUCCGUUGCUCAAGACCGGCGCAUGUGGAAUCAAUCCGAAUUCUCAAAAGCCAUGCGGAUUGUGAUGCAUAAAACACAGCAUCUACUUCGCCCCUGGCAUGAUCGCAACAUACUCGAUGUCUCUUGUCGUAGUCGACUAUCAUGUUACGGUCCAGAGAAGCACCGCCGAAAGGCAAUAUUGCGGGGCUUCAAGCCGCGAGGAAAGGUUCUUGUGGGCAGGGCAGGGUCAUUCUCCGACUCCACGCCAAAUUCAGACUCUGAAUGACCAGUUCGGGAUAGUGCCGCAUGUUUGUACAGUAGCAUCCUGACCCAUGUACCGUUGUCCGUGUUCCACUCUCGCGGUUUGUUGCUGUGUGGCAUGAAAUACUAUACAUACAACAUGCA